CAGGAAAUAUUUCCUUUACCUUUACGGUCGGGUUUUGUACAUCUUUUCACCAAUCGAACUGAAUCUUUGACGAAUUCUUUGCAUGGCUCCAGGGACUUUUGUACUUGAUCCAUUAUAGCUUUGGUUUUUUACGGAAAAAUGCUUUAGAUAAAGAAAAUUUUGCUUGUAAAAUUUUCACGUAUUUCCAGCUACUGCUACGUCACCUAACAAGGCUGUAAAGAGAGAACCUCGGUUUCAAAUGACAAUUAUAAACAGAGACCGCUGACCAAAAACCGGAUAUCCAAAAACUUGUGCCUCUAAAUGGAGAGGAGGUUUUCAGAGAAGCUAACACUCAGAAAAAUUGAAGUCCAAUAAAAUCAACCUAUAAUGAAGUCGUUAGAAGUGGCAAUAAUUUUAUUCUGCUUUGUUUUCACAUUGAUCCAAAAGACCGAUGCACAAGCCUGCAGUCCUAUUGACCAGUGUUCUUGUCGUAUUCCGGACGGACCAGUGAUUUCCCUAUGGGAUAUUGAUAAAAGGUAUGAAAUUGGAAGUGUUGAGCCUGGCUUUUCUUAUCUUUAUCGCCCAUGCACAGGCCUCAAAGAACCAAACUCAGUGUGUGAUGGUUCAUUGGGAUGCCAAGUCACUGAAAGUGAUAAAUCCAAGGUUUUGAUUGCAAAGAAGCCAAAAUUAAUAGAUGCUGGAAAAGAUUCAGGUACAGGCCUGUAUUACUUUACAUACACAGGAAGCAAGGAUCAAGAAACACAACAGACUAUCACCUUGAAAAUAAUUCUACAGUGCAGUGAGAAUGAAGUUGCAAGUUUUACAAAAAUGUUUGGUUGCCUAGCUGAUAGCUGUAUUAUAACCCUGACUUCAAAAUGUGCAUGUCCAGGUCAUUGCAAGGUUCCAAAAAAAUCAUCUGCGGCAACAACCUCUCACAAACUGAGCAUUGGUUCAACUCUUUGUAUUGUUCUACUUGCUCUACUUGUUGCAUACCUUGUUUUUGGUUUGCUGUUAAACAAAUAUGCCUUUCAUAAGGAAGGUUCAGAAAUCAUACCUCAGAAAGAUCUUUGGUCUGGCUUUCCAUCACUGGUCAAGGACGGUUGUGUGUUCACUUUCCAUAAAUUGCGGAGAAAAAAGGGUGAAUACCAAGAACUUUAAGGCUGAUUGAUGCCUGAUACAUACGGGGAAUGCUCUGAGUUUUGCAUAUAUUAAAUGGAGAUGAUUUUGCUAUUUUUUAUCCUAAUUUAUACAAAAAUGAAAUUGAACAUAUCGAUGCCACCAAAAAAUUUUAUAUCUAGAUUGUGCUUAAUUUUUCGACCUUCGAAAAAAAUUUUAACCUCGAAUUGCAUGUAUUCUUUAUCAAAGUACCACUACAGUUGCUAUUGAUCGUGAAGUUCUGAUUUAGAAAAUAUUUUUUUUUAUUUCAUUGAUUUUCUUAGCCUAUCUUACAUUUUUGACAUUGCUAUUGAAUUAACUCUUAGAUUUAUUUUAUCUUUUUAUGGUAUAGUUAUCUCAUCCAACACAGUUUAUUGCAUUGAUUAUAUUGUAACAUUACAUUGGAAUAUAAUGUAAUAUCCACAUAGAAAAACAUGUAGAGAAAUUUAAUGAGCAAUCGGGAGCAUCCUCGACAUUAGAAAAUUAGCAGCUAAGCCUAGAUGGUAUUGAUGUUGUUGUCAGCAGCAUAGCCAGGGCUUCAAUUCUGGAGGGGCAAAAUAGCAGAACAUUUUUCUUUAAGCUUAUAUCUGAGAUACUAUCCUAUCUUAAGAUAAAUUCUCAGUACCCUGAAUGCAAUUUAAAGCCUGAGUAAGACAACACCAGAUUUGUUGAACUAUGGAAUGUCAGGGGUUUGGGUGCCAUGAUGUUGAGGCAAUCCGAAAUGAAAACGAAUCCGUUGUGUAACUUUUGCAUUUACCCGACUUAGUGUCAAGAAGCAGUUCUAUUCAAACUUUUAUUCCGUAGUUUCACUGACAGAAUGUACUCCAAACCCACUGCUUCCACAGUCCAUUCUUCCAUAAUGAUGCUAAUAAUGUUUUUGCUCAAUAUUCUUACUUGACAUUGUGAUUAAGAACAGGAUUAUUCUGUUGAUACUGUUGAUAUUUUUAUACUUAUUAAUUCUGCGUUAAUUCAUUAAUUGAAUUCGUUCAAAGCAAAAUUUUUAUAUCGAUACUAGCUGAAUGAAUUCCAAGCAUUUUAAAUUAAAUUUGCCGCAUUUCUAAUUUGUAAAUUGUUCCUUUGAUUAGAGAGAGAAUCAAA